CUUCAGAGGGGAAUUUUCCACCAGAGGGAGCGGGUGUGUUCGGUCCUCUCAGCCUGGCUCUGCUUUUUGUGAUACUCGGAACACGAACCUUUGCCCCUUUUCACUAAGAUAAAUUCGUGUAUCGGAUGGUUUGGGUGUGGAAAACGCAAGACGCAAAAUAAGGAUACUCCCGCAAACACAGAAAAUUGUGAACACCUCAGAUAACUAUAUAUGUUUAUAUACAUAUACAAACAUAUUUAGCGCUCACCUAUGAUUUCUGUGCGGUGAAACAGCGAUCUUUUUAUAGAUCCCAGCCGAAGGCCAAGAUUCCCCUAACAGAAGUGUAAUGUUCGUCAGAUAGCGACCGUCGCAGCCUCGAUCAUCAUCCAUCUACUUCCAUCGCCCUUCGCACAGUAUUGUCCUCCACUCUCCGCCUCCUCUCUCCUUCACUUCAUCGUUAUCUCCGUCGAUAUCUCUACGUCCCUCCGUCCUCGUCCCAGAUAUCUUCUUCAGUAGACAAGAUGGCAACCAAGACAAACAAACUGGAAAAUGACCCGCUGCUUGCUUCCUUCUACAAGAUGGAUUUCGGGACGGCCCAGUUCUAUGUGUACUUCCUCGCCUGGCUGGGGGCAUUCGUCAGCGCCCCCGUCUAUGUCGAUUCCAACUUUCUCAUCCGGAGGACCAAGCACAGGUGCUUCGUGCCCGGCUGCGACGACCCCAACGAACCCGACUUCUCCGCCGAGUUCGCCAAUUACACCAUCCCCGACGGCGACGAGUGCUCCAUGUACCAGCGCUCUGAGCCGGUCACGAACUCCUCCACGUGUGAGUUGGAUGACUUCAACCUAAACGUCAAGACCAACUGCAGCGAAAAGGUGUUUGACACGUCCCUCUUCACCUCCACGACCGUCACUGAGUUCGACCUGACUUGCGAAAAUGCCUGGCUUGGCCCUCUUGCCGGCUCCAUGUACAUGGUGGGCAUGCUGCUAGGUGCCAUCACCAUCGGGGACUUGGCUGACCGCUUCGGCCGCAAGGUGGGGAUCCUCGUGUCUGUGAUGCUUCUGGGCGGCGGCGGCGUCCUGAGCGCCGUCAGCCCCAACUACUACAUGUUCCUCGCCAUGAGACUUCUUACUGGUGCUGGCGGUGUCGGCCUCUUCCAGGUUACCUUCGUCUUAGCUGUUGAAUUCAUCGGUGCCAAAUAUCGGACGUUUUGCGGAAUCAUGAUUGAAGUUCCCUUCGCUCUCGGCGAGGCCAUGACGGGAGUCUUGGCCAUCUUCAUCCGCGAUUGGCGCUGGCUUCAGGUGGCCGUGACAGCCCCGGCUUUCCUCCUGCUCUCCUACAUGUGGAUCAUGCCAGAGAGCGUCCGCUGGCUGGUGUCUCAGGGCAAGAGGGACGUGGCCGUCAAGAUCAUCAAGAAGGCAGCAGAUGUCAACGGCGUGGAAGUUCCCAAGCACCUCCUCGAAGACAGCAAUACUGAGGUACCUACUGUGGAUGGAAGUCUGUCGGUGGCAAGUAGCAAAGCUGAGCUAGUGAAGGAGGAUCCAGGUGAGCCUGAACCCAAGGUCACCAAGUCAGUGAUUGACCUUCUUAGGACUCCAAACAUGAGGAAGCGAUCAUUUAAUUUAUUUUAUUGCUGGGCGGUCUGCACACUAGUCUACUAUGGCCUCUCCUCUAACUCUGGGAACCUAGGAGGAAACAUCUUCAUCAAUUUCAUCGCCACCAUGCUGAUUGAAAUCCCAUCAUAUGUGUUCUCCUUUUUAGUUUUAGACAGAAUGGGCAGGAAGGGCACGCUCUCCUUUGUCCUUUUGCUCGGCGGCGUCGCUUGCUUCGUAUCCGGAUUUAUCCCAGAAGACUUUGGAGCAGUAAUUGUGACCCUGAGCCUGGUGGGUAAGUUCGGCAUAGCAGCAGCCUUUGCCAUUGUGUAUGUCUACUCUGCUGAGAUUUUCCCAACGGAAUACAGAAGUGUCGGCAUUGGUGCUUGCUCUAUGUGUGCUCGCAUUGGAGGAAUCAUUGCACCUUUUGUUGCUUCACUGGCACACACAUACAAGCCACUUCCUCUCCUUGUCUUUGGAAGCCUAUCAAUAGUGGCUGGUUUAUUGGUGGUUUUGCUGCCAGAGACUGUUGGCUGUGAGCUGCCGCAAACUAUCCCAGAGAGCGAGAGGUUUGGCAGUGAUCAGUCAAUAUGGUAUUUUUCAUGCUGUGGGAAGAAGCGUAGUGAGCCUGUCACAGAAGAAAAUACAGCAACUGAGGACCAGAGGGUUUAAUUGCUUUUGCCAAUCACAGGAAUUUGAAUUUACCUGGACUGAUAAGUAUUCUACUUUUAAGAAAUGGAUAUGUAUAAGAUCUUAUGGAAAGUCUCUAUGCUUAUAGAGACUAUUUUUUUUCUAGGCAUUUUCACUUUACUCUGGCCACCAUCAGUCUGCAUUGUUUUUAAUUCCAUGAAUUUGACAAGAGAUGGAGUGAAUAAUUAGAAAUGUGUCUUUUUCAUAGUAUUAUCAUAUGGACCAAUAUUUGUAAAUCCUAUCUAUGAACAUAUUAACUUCCAUGUCUGGAUUGUUCUGGUAAUUCUAGAUAAUAUAAUUUAUCAAAGGAUAUUUUUCCUUGAUUAUAGGAAGAUAGGUGUUUUUUAUCCUUAUUAGGAUGUUAGAAAUAAUUUUAUGAUAGACUGAAGUACUUUUUUAGUACUGGCAGGAAAUGUGUAAAAUAAGUUUUAUAUAUCUUUUUUAUCAAUGUCACUUAGGAAUUUAACUUGGGAAGCCAAUUGAAAGUGAGAGUAUGACCAGUGUGAGUACCAGAGACUUUUAAUUAAUGAAGUUAUAUUAGGUUUGAGAGAUGAUUAUAUGAUUUUAAUCAAUGAAAAAAACGGUAACACACAGAACUGUACAACAUGAGAUUAAUUGUAAGAAAGGUGUAAUACUAUUUUAUAUAUCUGAUUGCAUUUAAUCAAGAUAUGCACAAAAUUUAACAGAAAAGUAAUGUAACUGGAUAUUGAGUUUUACUGAAAUAAACUACCUCACUCAGUCUGAGAGGACUGGGAUUUUUUUUUUUAAAAGUAAAUCAUCAGAAAAAACAAUAACAUUAGUAUUUAUGAAUUAUAUAUAUAUCUAUGGUGAUAGGGGUAUUCAAGGAAUAGAAAACAUUACAGAAAAUAUUCAUGUAUGUUGAUACUGAUGAACAAAUAUGUACAUCAUAUGAUUUUCAUUGCAAAUCGAGUAUAAUUUCAUUUUCCCUUUUUAAGGAAUCGUCGUCAAUUAUUUGGAAACUUUAAGUGUUGAAGUUAACCAAUCCUGUCAGUGUCAGUGAAAGUAGGAUCUAGAAUCUGUCCAUUUUUUCUAAUAUGUAAGGACAAACUCUGUAAUUCGAAAUAUAAUGAAUUGCCUUCGCAUUGUUAAUGGUAUUUUCCUGAAGCUGAAGAUGUUGAUAUUUGAAAUUGAUAGUCACACCCAGAUGCACAAGAUCUUGAAAAAAAGUGGAAUAAUAAUAAGUUAAAUUGAUUUUGGUUAACUCAAAGUUUAAUGUCAUUUCACUUGCAUUUAACAUGAUAACUUCCCUACAGUAGUAUCCACAAACAAUCCUUUCUUACUCUGUAAUUCAAUAUGUGAGUGUUACUUUUUUUUUUUCUUUAUACUGUCAUAGCUUGAAAGUUGACAUACUAAUCUCUAUAUGAUAAUCUUGUAAUACUCAUUUGAUUUUUCUUCAUAGUAUCUAUGUAUGACAAUGUUGUUAUUAUUGUUUUAGCUAGUAAAAAUUAGAUAGACAUGGUUGAACCAGGGUGUGUGUAUAAUAUAUAUAUAUAUAUAUAUAUAUAUACACACACAUAUAUAUAUAUAUUACCUGGAUGCUGUAAAGCCUAGAGUAGUGCUCAUGUAAUCAAUGUGACUCUGCUUAUUAUUUUCUUACUGUAUUCUUCUUUAAUCAGAUUGCUCAAGUUUAUUCAGCAAAGUUGAUUUUUAUUUCAUUUUUUUUCAUUGAUUCCAAGAUUGAGGCUUAUAGUUACCAAUAUAGGAUUAUGUGGUAGACUGUUACUUCACUUUAAGAUAAUCAAAAACAAUUUGUACUGUAGGAUACUAUUAUAUUGUAUGGUAGUCGUCUUGCCACUGCAUCAUCUGUAAUUUUGGGUAUGAUAUAAUUAUUUUUAAUUGUUAUAGGGACAACAAUAUAUGAGAUCAUGUGAUGAGAAGUCAGAUAUAUUUUGACUUUACAGCUUAAAAGACAAUAUCCUUUAGCUAGCAUUUACAUAAUCGGAAUUGGAAAGAAUUCCAGUGAUUCUGUGCUGACAAUUCAGUAUCUUAGUGUGAUAUUUACAUUUUAUGAAAUAAUGUUAAUACUUUGUUGGCCAAGGUUUUGGGCACCUGUUGUAUAUUCUGGUGUAUGUUAGCAGCAUUUUAUAUUUCGUGAAAUUAUUAAGUGGAACUUCAGCUUCUUUAAUUUCUUUACAAACAAUCAUGUAAGUACACAUUCUUGUGCUUAGUACAUUCGACCAAUAAUGCUUGUAGUUUUCCAUGGUCUUUAGGAACAGUAGAACAAUCUUCUAUUGAAUUAAUAUACAGGCACAGUACAGUACAGUUUGUGUGCAGAUACAAUAUGUACCAUGUUUUAAAGUAAUGUUAUUUGAUGACCCACUGUGAUAGCACUAGAGGGUGGAACUGCCAAGUAAUUUUCAUACUGAUUCAUACCAUAAUGUAUUCAAGAAAAUUGGUGAUAAAUAACAUGCUAAAUUACCUUUUUACUAGUUGUUUGUAAUGCUAAUAUGAUAUUUUGAAGAUAAAGCAAGAAAAGCAAGUGCGAUCAGUGAGAAUUAUUUAAGAACAUAGUUUCAACUCCAGUUUAACUUGUAGGCUAUUUUUAGAUAGUGUAUAUAAACAGAUCCUGCUUUAAAUAAGUAGCCUCUAAUGCAGUGAUGCUGUUUGUAAAAUAAUCAGAUGAUAUCACUUUACCCAAGUGUUAGUUUUAAAUUAGAUUAUGUCAAUGAAACUGGGAAAAUACUACAUUCAAAUACUUCAGAAGAAAGUGAUUAAUCAUCCGAUGUUUUUAAUCUGCUUUAAUAGUGUUUAAAAUCACAUUUAGUGGUUUUAAGAUUAUAAUAUUUUCAGCUUUGAUUUGGACACAAAGAAUCAUGAACAUUGAUGACGGUAUCUGCUAUUUUUCGCAAUUUUCAUUUGCAGUUGUUAUCACACUCAAAAUGUCAGGUUGUCCUGUAUGUUUUAUGGUUACUGAUAGGUCAUUAUUUGAUCACAUUGAAAGUACUUCUCUUUUUGUAUGAGUUAAAAGCUAGUGAUAUCUAUAUGUACCAUCAGUAAUCUGACUUUGUGAAGUUACAAUGAUGUUACUAUUGUUACACUAUACUAGUUAAGAAUUCUUUGAGAAGGGAACAAGGGAUUGUACCUGAGAUGGUUUUAGUGGACAUUUUGUCAAAUAUUACAAUUUUGGUACUAUACCACUGGAGUGAAAUAGUCAUUUCAAUAUUUUUGUUAUUUUUAGAAGUCAAUAAAUUAUUAUUGUAAAAUAGUUUUAAAGUGGAUGUGAUAAAUAUGUGUUUUAACACAUUCAAUUUAACUUUCAUAAAGUAAAACAAUAUAGUACAGUAUUACAAUAAUGAUGUAUGUUAAGAAAUUCUUUUAUAGAGAAUCCAAAUGUAUGGGAUGCAGUAACAUGUUACUAAAUUGAUUUACAGAGAAUUCUAGGGAAAUUUAGAAAAUUCAAUCCAACCUAUUUGCCAGGUAUAAUACAAUCUAGAAAAAAUUCUCUUAAUAGAAUUUUACAGCCUCUUUUAAAUAUUUUCUACUUGUUUUUUUUUUUACAUUCUGUCAUUUGUCUUUGUUUUAGAACGUAAUUAAACUGAUUAUUUUCUAAAAUAAACUUUAUUUAGAUACAAUAGACUGACAUGUUAUUUUUAGAAUUAAUGCUUGCAACUAUUACCUGCAAUAUUAUAUUAAACAUAUAACUGAGA